AAUGUCAGACACUACAGAAUACAUAAAUACAAGUGAUUCUGAAAGUACAGAUGAUUCUGUUUGUAAUUUGGAAUCCAAUAACGGUAAAAAAAGAGUAAAAAAUCAAAAAAAGUGGAAAAGAAAUGUUCGAAAAAAAAAUAGAGCCACUGGUGAGGGUUAUGAAGCAACAAAUGGUAAUUUCCAACCGGGGAAAGUAUUUAGUCCAACAAGUGUAUGUUGCUCAAAGAAAUGUGCUGCGAAAAUAGAAAUAAAUGACCAAAAUCAACUGUUCGAUUACUUUCACAAUUUCGAAGAAAAAGAACGACAAGAUAUAUUUUUAAUGUCAUGUCUUGAAAAAUUUGUUAAACUUACAGAGAGUGUUGGAAAUGAUAAAAUAAGGCGAGAAAACCAAUGGAAAUAUUUUUUGACUGUACAAAGUUUAAAAAUUCCAGUAUGCAGAAAACUAUUACUGUCGAUAUUGCAGAUAUCAGAAAAGCGUUUAAGAACAGUUCAACGAUUUAAAUUGACCGGUGAAGAAAUUAAAGAUGGAAGAGGUAAACAUGACAACAGACCUAAUAAAAUAUCUGAAGAUGUUUACGCUAUGAUUCAAGAACAUUGGGCUACAUUUCCAAGCGAAAAUUCACAUUAUGGACGAGCCAAUAACAGAAAAUAUUUUGAAAAUCCCGACUUGAACGUACAAAAGCUUUACAUUUCCUUUAAAGAGUAUUAUUUUAAUCAGAAAAAAUCUACUUUGGAGAUGAGUUACAACACCUAUCACAGAUAUUUUCGAGAAAACAGUAUCUAUUCAUUUCGACAACCAAGGACAGAUGUGUGCGAUUUUUGCACAGAAUGCAAAAUUAAAUUGAAAGUUAAUGCUGAAGAUCCUUGCAAGCAUCAAUAUUUAAUUCACCAGGAAAAAACCAGAGUCUACAAUUUUGAAAAAAAGAAAUAUUUAGAUGACUUAAAAAAUGAUCUUGCCAAAGAUGUACUGAUAAUCGAGUUUGAUUAUGCUCAAAAUUUGCCACUGCCGAAACUGAACGUUACUUCGCAGUUCUACAAAAGAUUGUUGUGGCUUUAUAAUUUCAACGUUCACUGCCAUAACGAUGGAUCAAGUUCAUUUUAUUGCUUUUUAGAAACAGAAGCAAAGAAAGAUUCAAACACUGUCUGCUCUUUCCUUUAUCAUUUUAUUAAAAAAAAACUAGAGGAUUUUCCUACCAUCAAAAAAAUUGUAUUUUACUCAGAUUCCUGCGGAGGGCAAAAUAAAAAUAUAAAUGUCGUUAUGUUCUGCACAUGGUUGGCAAGCAGUUUGAACAUCAUCAUUGAACACAUAUUUCCAGUGCGAGGACAUUCCUACAAUCAAUGUGAUAGGAACUUUGGAAAAUACAGCAAAAUAUUGAAAAAUCAUGAAACUGUCGAAAAUGUGGAUGAAUAUUUUCAUGUAAUGUCAUCAGCAAGGAAGAAUCCAAGCCCAUUCAACGUGAUCAAUGCAAGCUCCCUUAUUGAAGAUUGGUCAAGUGGUUUACAAAAAUUCAUUUCAAAAGUUCCCACAUCAAAAACUACAAAGACGCGGUUCUCGAUUCAACAAUAUGUAAAACUGUCGUACGAUUCGCAUGGAACGAUAACGAGCUCAAAAAGUUAUACUUCAACUGAUUGCAAGUUUACUUUUGAAAAAAACAAAUUACCAAAAGAUAAACUAAAACUAAGUCUGCAGCUGGUAAAACCUUCAGGGGUCAAAGAUGCCAAAAGAACUGACGUUUUGUCUUUAACUCCUUAUAUGAAAAAAGAAAAUGCCGAAUGGCUAAAACGUGUCCUGAUCCAGGAAGGAAAUUCUUCUCUCAAUCAAGAAGUUUCUCGCAAACCUCGUGGUAGACCACCUAAAAAAAUUCAAAAUAUUGUUGAAGAAGAUGAUUCCGAUCAUUCUCAAGACUCUAACGUGUCCGAGGAAUAUUGA